AUGGCAUCGUUCAAGCACCAUGUUACUGCUUCAACUUUGCUCCGGCAAGGUGGAGUUUCAGGAAGCAUCGAUGAAAGGAAAUCCAAAGGAGAUUAUCGAAGGGAUAAAGAUCUCGAGGAAGAACGUAAAGCUGGUACUGCACCGGCUAUGGUUGAUAUUGAAACUGGACGUGAUAUCAAUCCACACAUUCCCCAUUUUAUUUCACAGAAUCCAUGGUAUGUUCCUAGUGAAGGACCCACACUGAAGCAUCAAAGGCCUCAUGCUGAAAGACAGAAAACUGAUUCCACUAUGGAAGAAUGGUACAAAAAGGGUACAACAGGGCAAGCUGCUACGAAGUUCAGAAAAGGAGCUUGUGAGAAUUGUGGAGCCAUGGGUCAUGUUAAGAAGGACUGUUUCGAACGUCCAAGAAAAGUCGGAGCUAAGUUCAAAGAGGCUGACAUCCAGGAGGAUGACUAUGUUCAACCUGUACUAUCUCUCGGAUUCGAGGCUAAGCGUGAUAGAUGGAAUGGAUAUGAUCCUGAGAUUCAUCAGAAACAAGUCAUGAAAGAGUUUGAAAGACUUGAAGAAGCUAGAAAAUUAAUAAAAUCUGAUCAGAUCAAAGAAGGUUUACAAGAACCUGAAGAAGAAGCAGAGAAAGAUGAGGAUAAGUAUGCCGAAGAUGCUGACAUGGCUGGUGUGUCCGUUGAUAUGGACUCCCGUACUAGAAUUACAGUCCGUAAUUUGAGAAUUCGUGAAGAUACAGCUAAAUACCUUUACAAUCUCAAUGAGAAUGCUCCAUAUUACGAUCCUAAAUCUCGUUCUAUGAGAGAAAAUCCGUUUGCCAAUAUGCCUGGAAAAGAGAAAGAAGCAGCCAAGUUCUCUGGAGAAAACUUCAUCAGAUAUACUGGAGAAGUGGUGGAAGCUAAUGAAGCCCAAGUGUUCGCUUGGCAGGCAAGAUGCCAGGGUGUUGAUGUUCAUGCCUUAGCUGAACCGACAAAGCUUGAAGCAUUGAAACGAGAAUUUAAUAAGGAGAAGAGCAAUGCUGAAAACAAAACAAAGAAGGAAUUGCUCUCUAAGUAUGGAGGUGAAGAAUAUUUGGAAGCCCCACCAAAAGAGCUGUUACUUGCUCAAACUGAGAAAUAUGUAGAGUACAGUAGAAAGGGACAAAUUCUUAAAGGAGAAGAACGACCUAAGAUCAAGAGUAGAUAUGAAGAAGAUGUGUAUCCAUCCAAUCAUGAGAGCGUUUUCGGUUCAUUCUGGAAGAAUGGUCAAUGGGGAUACAAAUGUUGUCAUCAGUUUGUUAAAAAUUCGUACUGUAUUGGAGAAGCUGGCAUUACCCAAGCAGCCAAGAUGGAAGCACCUGUAAUCAGAGAAGAAAAGAUAAGAGAAGAUGAAGUACCAGUGAAGGAGGAUUACAAGGAAGAAGAAAAAGAAGAAGAAGAGGAGAAGUCAUCCUCUGAAUCGUCGUCCGAAUCUUCAUCAUCGUCGUCUUCGGAAGAUGAAGAUGAGAAAGAGCGAGAGAAAGAGAGAGAAAAAGAAUUAGAAAAAGAGAAGCUGAAGAAAGCUAUCAAAAAAGCUGAGAAGGACAAAGUCAAGGCUUUCAGAGAAAACAAAGAGGGUGACAGAAAACGAAAAUACAAUAAGGGAGCUGAUACGAUAUCUGCUCCAUCGGAAACAGAGGUUGAGGCUUUCAAAUUAACGACCAUCCAUUCUUCUGAUCCUAUGGCAGCUUACAUGCACGAGAAACUUGAGAAGAAAGCAAGAAAAGGAAAAUAA